GCUGGAAGCAUCUCUCACGCACCACGCCCACACAUAUAUAGCCAUCCUUCUCCUUACUUAAAGAAUUUUCAUUUCUCUCUCUUGCACUCACUUUUUCUCUCUUCUUCUUUUUCUCUGUCUAAAAUAAAACACAGGCAGAUAUGAGUGAAGACGAUUGGGUUACAGUGGCCAUGACCGAUGACACUCUCGUCGUUCAGUUGCUUUUGAAACUUCAUCAAGCGGAAUCACCACCGCCUCUACCCAAUAAGAUUUCUGCUCCGGCUUUGCGCCUUGAAUGGACGGUGCGUCAACGGCGGUCUAAGCAACUACCACGAAAGAAAGCUGACGCUACUCGUGCUAGCCCUACCACUCCGCUUUCGUGGAGCGGUGGCACUUCCGUUAGUGGUUGUGCCGCCGACGGGUUUGAGGAGUCCAGUCUUCUUGUAAAGCCGAUUGACAGCGCGAGAUCUAAGGUUGCUGCUGCUAAUGAAACACCGACAACUAAGCGAUCGAGAAAGAAAAAGACAUUACCGGAGCUUAAAGAGGAGGAAAGUUUAUUGUUAAAGGAAAGGAGAAAUUUGAAAAAUCAAUUGGCAAACUUGCGGCUUACUGUAGAGAAACAGAGGACUGCAAAUGAAAAAUUGAAGAGAUUAAAGCUAGAUUUGUUAUCCAAGCAACCACCUCAAACAGAUACAUCAGUUGUUAAAACAGAAAAAGUUAAUUCAAACCAACCAGAGCAAAUAAAAGUAGAAACAUAUUCAAUUAAGCCAAUAAUUGCUGCAUGCACCAAACAUGAGCCAUCUUCACCAGAUGCUUCUUUCCAGAAACAAGAGGGUGGAGGUAGGGAGUUUUCCUUUAUGCUACCUGACCUAAAUCUACCUGUUGAAGAUAACUCAAGCUCCCAUGUCUUACGUGGAAUUAGCUGAGAAGAAUCAGCUGUACACUGGUAAUCUUUUUCUUAAAUCAAUAGCAGCAUUUGUGCUGAAUGAUGCAUAGCUCGGCUGUCCCAAGUCCUAACAGUGUCACAAAUUGGAGUGUAAGUACUAAACCAAUUUACCUUCACCGCAUCUUUAAAUGGAUGCGGAACUUUGUUUUUUAUACUGGAGGUAGUGAGGGUAGUGUAGAGAUCCUAAUCGCUAGUUAAAGUUUUAGAUUCUUUAAUUGAACUGAUUUCUACAUUCUUCCAAAUUCUUUGGGGUUUGACCCUCAUUCCUUCUGCUUUAGCUUUAUAAUAUUUUAGGAAAGUAUUAACAGAUAAGCUGUAAUUAUUCUAUCGAUAAUUUGUACUGAUUCAAUUUUAAUGAGAUGUUGUAUUACUUGUUUUUAUU